AUGCACAGCUCCCCUCUCAACCCCGCACUUCACAGAUCACUGACAGUGCUGGAUUUAUGCACCAAUAUACCAGCUCGCGCGUGCAGUGCGCAGCUACCUACCCCCCAAAUCAUCGGUGAACGAAACUGCGGCAGUUACAACCAGUAUACGACGAGUACGUGGUUCUUACAGCUGACAAUGAUGAUGAUGAUGAUGAUAGAUGCUUUUGCCAAUAACUUCAGUCCGGUCAACAACUACUACCUCAGGAUGGUUAUCAUACGACGCGACACACCAAUCUUAUCCGAGACAGUCAACGGAUUCAUGAGUCACCGGUUUAAAUCGAAGUAUGACCGUCACGAAUCACACCAUUCCUCAUCUCGGCACCGUCGUCACCGUCAUCGCAGUCAUUCACGUUCACCAUCCAGAGGACAGGAGAUCGAGAUCCAAAUGAAGCCUCUUGUUCUGGCUUCGGAAAAUGAAACUACCAGACAGAACGAAAUUGACUAUAUUGAGGGGUCGAGUUUCACUCAGAAAAGUUUCUCCUCUUCACGUUCUCAUCCAAAACCUUUUGCUCCUGACUCUUCCGGUCCCGUCGCCUCUGCGACAAAAAGUCAGUACAGCUCUAUGCUAGCUGAGCGUGCUCAUGAGGCAGCAAUAUUCGGCCAGCUUACAAUACCGCCAUCGAGUACUGUUCUGGGUAGUGAUCCAUCGGAAUCGAAAGAGCGCUUGGUCUCCUCUGUGGACACCGUCAAACAGUUGAUACAUCCACAAUUCGAUAAGCCGGAUGAAACUGCCUGGAAUAAUUGGCUAAUUCGGCUCAGGGAGCUCAAAGAGGCGCGUGCCAAAGCUGCUGCCGAUGCUAAGAAAAUACGACCUACCAACGGUGUGCCUGCCAGCUGAUUAGAAGAUCCCUUCCAACUUGGAUUUUGUCACACUUGAGUGUAUCUUCCUCAGCUGUUCCACCCAACAGCAGCUAAGUUGAGCGACUUCACUGUACAUAAUUUGAAAAAAAG